AUGACAAGACCUUACACAUCGUCGCCCAUGAUCAGACGCGCCCUCGAGCAAGCCAGAGCUGUCAACCGACGCAAGUCUGAUCUGAAAGGCACAGCACAGUCGGGAGACGCGACGAGCAACAUUGUGAGCGAAGCCAAUGGGCUUGUAGAGCACCUUGGAGAUGAACUACCCGAUGCCAUUGGGUAUACAAGUGCAGACGACCAGCAGAGUGCUGAGCACCAACUGUUGGCAGAAACAAAUGCUAGACCCACUGCUCCAACAACUCAGCGUAUUCGAAAAGAAGGUAAACUAAGGAAGGUCGGCCACAUUGGUCUCGGUGCCAGCUCUCAACGACGUCUGGGAAAGACUACAAAAGCGCGCCCGGAUCAAUAUGACUUAGGCGGUUCUCCUCAGAAGCCACGACAUGCACCGACUGGUCUGCUGGAUGGACCGCCGCAGCCAUCGCCACUGAAGAAACAACGCAAGGCUCAGCAAGCUGAACAAGCUCGUGCACUGGCAGCGACGACUACCCUUAACGACGCAACGAGUACGUUGCAAGUGCCACCUUCCGACCUGGUGGAGACCGAGGGUGCUGCCAUCCCACGACGUUCGCCACGCAAAUCUAAAGGUAGCGAGCGAGGCCAGUCGCCACAGGUGAUGGUCAAGCAAGGCCACCUCGAUGCACAUGAUAUUCUUCCCGACGCUACACAGGUACAUGCCGGUGAGUCUGGGCGGACUGAACCCAACGAAGACGAGCCAGCACAGUCGUCACCUCAAAAGAGAUCUCAUGGCAGGCCGCGAAAGCACAGGGAAGAAGCCGCUGGGUGCAUCGAAGCUCGCGGUACAGCCUUGGGGCCACAAGAACAACAGCCAGUUUCACCCACUCCAGCAGGACAGCGCUCGUCUGGAACAAAGCGCGACUCAGCUGGAGCACACGAAGUGCAAAGUGCCAUUCCCGAGGAAGUACCCACGAAGUCUCAUGCCGAACAACCACCCCCUGUUGGCGAGCUCGAUCCGGAGGAGGAUCAGGAACCUGUCGGCACCGAUGAGCCCAGGAACGAGCCCGGUCCGCCGAGAAUAGACAGGGUACGAACGACGGGGCUCCUUCCCGAGAAUACGCCCGACAACAUCGUGGAAGAUACUGAGCUUGACGCACGGCCAACACAGCAAGCACAGAAGCGUAAGCGACUUCCUGAGCAGGCAAACACAUCCACAAAACGUCAACAGAAGGAGCGUCGAUUCACAUCCCAGGCAGAUGUACCCCAGACUACCGAUGCAUCGAUUGGAGAGCUCGAGGCCAACCAAGAUGACGAGAAUGAUCAAAGGCUACUUGGGCAAUGGCAGGCUCUGAACAGAAUAUUUCGCAGCGUGAAGAAAGUCGGAGUCACUGUCAAAGAUGGAGAGGAGCAAGAUCCUGUCAGGCUCGAUCUGAAAGCCCAGGACGUUAUCGAGAUCAAGCGUUUAUGUUCGAAGGCGAAGGACGUCUUGUUACGUUUCCGGGACGAACCAGGCAGUAGGAACGACCUUCCAGAUCCUCCGGAAGAACUAGAUGAGAUCAGGGCUCGGAUACGUGGUCUUUGUGGCAAGAAUGGCGACUAUCCUCCCAACUUCAGCUCUAGGCGCAAGCCAUUGGACAUAUACUUCCACUUGAUACCUAGGAUUCUGGUCAGACUGCUGCGGACUAUGGUUCAAGUCUACUAUGAUACGGACAAGCGAACCGGCGAUGCAGCUAGUGAUCUGACUGAAGCUCAUCUCACCACGAUCGCAGACUUCAUUGGCGUAAUCCGACUUAUGGGGGCAGGAGCUGAGCUCUACACUGCCCGCCCUGACACCGAGCUGGCGCUGGUCAAGUCGGUCAAGAACGGCCUACUGGUCCCUUUACGGAACGUUAGAUCUGUUUUCAAGGAACAUCUCGCUAAGUGCGGGCGUGCUCGACAAGCUGAAGCUCGUCGCCUUGAAAGAGAACAAGAAGACGCUCGACAAGAACAACGCGAACAGCAAGAUAAACGACACAAAGCCGAGCGAGCUAAGCUUCUCAAGAAGUGGAUGUCCCUCCACGAUCAUCGUCGCUUUGUAGAACGUGGUCUCAUCUCCCGCGAGAAGCAGAAACAUCUACGAUUCCCCGAUCCCGCCGAGGCUGAACUCGAGUACGAUGCAACAGGCGGGCAUUUUCAACGACAAACAGUCUUCCCAGCUCGAAUCGGUCCUCCACCCGCCGCGGCCGCCAAAGCUCGAGCUGCGAUCUGGCCCUUGAAGGCAAUAGAAGCUCUAUCACACGGCCUGGAGCGUCACGCAGGACCCCUGGUAUAUGAGAACAUCUUCUCCGAGCAUUGUCGCGAUGCACGGGGUAUGUUAAACCAGUACAACGUGACUGAAAUUGUUAUCGCUGCAGCCGAUCUGAAGCCGCUGCUGGAGCAGUUCGACAUGAACGAGCUGGGGUAUGUGAGGGAAUGGAUCGAUAGUAUACCGGUGUGGCCGAAGGUGUAUCAAUAUGUUGAUGAGGAGGACGGGAUGGAAGACGAGGCGGUCGAGAAUCAUACAGCAUUCAUAGCUGCAGCUUCACUGCUCGGCUCCGCUGCAGCCAACCCAUACCCCCAUCAACUCGACGCAGAAGCCGCAGUCGGCGCUCUCGCCCUCCUUAAACGCGCGCUUCCAGCCAACGCGCCGCAUGGAUACACACCUCAAACGACCGCCUGUCCAGCAGCGACGCCCACGAUCCGAAGCGCGGCGAGGUUAUCGCCGAACGAGACAGAAUGGCUGCAAGUACGAAGGAACGCGACGUUGGAUCCCAUGAAGGAGUUGCUAGGGCGCAUGAAUAUCGCGGGCUUCGACGCGAAUCAGUAUAUCAACGAUCACCAAAACAAUGCAAGCGCGCUGCCUAAUAUCGGGAUUGCGAUCUCAGGAGGUGGAUACCGUGCCAUGUUGAAUGGUGCCGGUGUUUUACAUGCGUUUGACUCUAGGACGCCGAACUCGACGAGUGCUGGACAAUUGGGUGGGUUGCUGCAGGCGGCGACGUACCUCUCUGGGUUGUCGGGUGGAAGUUGGUUGGUUGGAUCACUUUAUUCGAACAACUUUACCUCGGUGAACCAAAUCCUUGCUAUGGAUACGGACGCUGAUGACAGUGGAGAUGUGUGGCAGUUGGGGAAUAGUAUCUUUGAGGGUCCGGAAUCUGGCGGCAUUCAGCUGUUGAGCAGUGUGAACUACUACUCAGCGCUGCUUGAUCAGGUCCAUGGAAAGGAAGAUGCCGGCUUCAAUACUACCAUCACGGAUUACUGGGGUCGUGCACUAGCAUAUCAGCUUGUCAAUGCUACGAAUGGAGGGCCCGAGUACACAUUCUCGUCGAUUGCGCGUCAGGACUGGUUCACGCAAGGUACUGCGCCGCUUCCGCUUAUCGUUGCGGAUGGGAGAAAUCCAGGCGAGCUCCUCGUUGGAACCAACUCGACCAUCUACACGAUCAACCCCUGGGAGCUGGGAUCAGAUGAUCCGACCGUCUACGGUCAUGCUCCCCUCCGAUAUGUUGGCACGAACUUCACAAAUGGAUCUCCUCUGAACAACGACCGCUGCGUGGUGGGUUUCGACAGCGUCAGCUACGUGAUGGGAACUAGCAGCUCCCUCUUCAACGCCAUCCUGACGACAGUCGGUGCCGUCAACACCACAGACCUGCUCUCAGAUGCGCUCAAGUCAGCCCUCGAAGCAAUCCUCAAGCCCAUUGGCGCCGACAACGAAGACAUUGCCGAUUGGGUCAACCCCUUCCUCGGCUACAACAACGACACGAACCCCGUCGCCGGCUUAGAAACCCUCACCCUCGUCGACGGCGGCGAAGACGGCCAAAACAUCCCCCUCCACCCUCUAAUCCAGCCAAACCGCCACGUCGACGUAAUCUUCGCCGUUGACACCUCCGCCGACACAAACGCUUCCCUCCCCACCAACGCCUCCUCCACCGGCUGGCCCGAUGGCGUCUCCAUCAUCACAACCUACGAGCGCAGCCUAGCAGAAAUCGGAAACAACACCGCCUUCCCCGCCGUCCCAGAUAUCAACACUUUCUUCAACCUAGGCCUGAACAACAACAUCACCUUCUUCGGCUGCGACGCCGCUAAUAUCUCCGGCCAGGCACCACUCGUUGUGUACAUGCCCAACGCCCCGUACGUCUACUUCUCCAACACCAGCACCUACAAAAUGGACUACAACGACACCGAGCGCAACGCCAUGAUCCUCAACGGCUACAACCUCGCCACCCAAGGCAACUCCUCCCUCGAUGCGGAAUGGCCUGCCUGCGUCGGCUGCGCCAUCCUCAGCCGCAGUUUCGGCAGGACGAACACGGACGUGCCAGAAGUUUGCACCCAGUGCUUCUCGAGGUACUGCUGGGAUGGAAGGGUCGAUUCGAGCCCGCCGGGGGAUUAUACUCCGCCGUAUAAGCUGGGAGAGGAGAAUGUGUUGAAGGUGACGAGUAGUGCAAGCAGGGAGUGGGAGGUAAGUGUUUUUGUGGCGAUGAGUGCGGCUUUUAUGGUGGGGGCUUUUGUUAUUUGA